CCUGUCUGCGAUACGAAGUCGGUCUGCCACUCCUCACGAACCCGCCCGAGGAAGAACUCGCAUGUCACGAAACCGUCCAGGAAACCACCUUUGUCAGCGCACAUAUCUCGUCUCGCCUCCACAGCUUGUACUCGCAGCUCGCUGCCCAUGCCACCGCCCUCACCAAUGCCUCCGACUCAGCAACGAAGCUCGAUACUGUCUCGCUGAUCAUCAAGGUGGCGGCGCAAUCCAUUAACAGAAUCAAACCCUGCAAUCACCGUGAUUACCACUCUCGACGCCUCCAUCUGCAAGACCCAGAGAAUCUACCCCUGCUGCCCUUCGUACGUAGGCUGUCAGCCAAGUCCGAUCUGACGCGUGGCGGCAUCUGCGAGUCGUGCAACAUUCGCCCUUUGUCACUCCUCCUUCCUCUGCAAUGCGCAGCCGCCCUACCGCAGCUCACCACGCUGUGUCUACCUUGGUUAUGGGAGAGACCUAUGCCGUUCCCAUCUCCGAGCACGCCUGUGCGAGAGCACUACACUCGGCACUGGGAGGGACCCUUGCGGGACGCGAGGCAUGAAUUCGGAAACGCGAUCUGCCACCAGGAAAGGUACCUCUGCGGCAAGCAAAUCCCAGAGAGUCUCAAGUCGAUGGGACGAGGCCGAGAAGCUAGAGGUGGAAGUGAUGGAGAUAAGCAAGGUAGUCGCGUGUGCUGAUUGGGACGCGCUUUAGAU